AUGGAGGCUGAAGCGGAUUCGGCUGCAGAAAUGAAUGGUCAGGAAGAAGCUGACAGUGAUGGGGAAGAUAGCGCUAGCCAGUCAGACACUGAAGAAGAGAGCUCUGAUAUGGAUGAUUUGGAUUGUGAACGACGCAGAAACGAGUGUAUUGAUGAGAUGUGUCAAUUAGAAAAGCAGUUCUCAGAGCUGAAAGAAAAGUUAUUCAAGGAAAGAUUGAACCAGUUUAAAGCCAAAUUGGAAGAGGUGACUUCUGGUAGAGCUAUGGAGUAUAUUAACCCUUUAGCUGACCUACAGAAGAACAUGAAAAUCCGCAUUGAAGUUGCAGGAAUUUAUAAGGGAUUUUGUCUGGAUGUUAUAAAACACCGCUAUGAAUGUGAGGUUCAGGGAGCUAAGCAGCAUUUAGAGAGUGAGAAAGUUCUCUUAUUUGAUAACAUGCAAUGUGAACUAUUGGAGCGAAUCCAGCGACUUGAGGAAGACCGUCAAAGCAUAGAUAUCUCAUCAGGUAUGCAGGAUACAAUUGCAUUUUCUGCAAUAAACAUUUGUCUCUAG